UCGCCGUGCACCAGCCUGACGCGGUCCAGAGGAGAGAUGCGACCUCAGCUGCAGCCUCGGUGAGGACGUGAGGCGGCCAGAGGAAACACAUAAACCUCGGACCGACGUGUGGAUCACACAGGAACCUGUCUCCGUGUGGCUUUUUUGGACUUUUCCCGCACAGGAACCGCUUCCAUCAUCUGCGUAAAAUAGUGUUGCGCUGCUCUGGUCUUUGGAAUAAACAGAUUCAAGAGCUACAAUGACCGAAUCCGGCGGACAUGGACUGGUCUGUGGAAGAUAGUGGCCAUUGAGGACCUCUCAUUUCACAGAAACUUUUGGGACACUGCCAACUGCGUUGCUUGAUUAAUCAUAGCUAGCAAGGGCGUUUGCACUAAAGACGGAAAGUAAAAGAAGUCCCUCGGGAGCCCUGCUGCAGUUGGGAGCUGCAGCGGCGGCAGGGGCACUGAGUCAAUCGCCUCAGCAGAAGCUGCAAAUGAUUACUUACUGCUAAAGUCUCAAGGUUCAACCUCACCCACUCUACUUAGAAACCAUCCAAAAUGAGGGACAUGUCACUUGUGGAUCAUCUCUUGUUUGGCAUGGCCAUGGCCUGUUUUGUUUCAGCUGCAGAGAAAAGGCCAGACUGCCCGAAGCUCUGUGUGUGCGAAGUCAGACCUUGGUUUUCUCCCAGUUCUUCCUACAUGGAGGCACAGACAGUGGACUGUAACGACUUGGGACUCUUUACCCUGCCAGUCGGACUGCCGCUGAGCACACACGUACUGCUGCUGCAAACCAACAACGUUGCAAAGCUCGACACCCCACUGGAUUACCUGGUCAACAUCACUGAGAUCGAUUUGUCGCAAAAUAACAUAUCCUCCGUGGGUGACAUGCAUCUUGGGAACCUCCCGAGGCUCCUGUCUCUUCACAUGGAGGAGAACUGGAUUCGGGAGCUGCCUGAACGAAGUCUGACGGAGGUGGCGAACCUCCAGGAGCUUUAUUUGAACCACAACCUCAUAUCUCACAUUUCUCCAUUGGCAUUCCAAGGUCUGGGCAAACUGGUACGCUUGCAUCUCAAUUCAAACAAGCUGACGGCAAUCCACAGGGAGUGGUUUGACCCCCUUCCGAAUUUGGAAAUCCUGAUGAUCGGAGAAAACCCUAUUCUUUCUCUUGACGAACACAACUUCAAACCCCUUGCAAAUCUCCGCAGUCUCGUCCUCACCCGGAUGAAUCUCUCUCAGCUUCCUGAUGGUGCCCUCACCGGUUUAGAUAAUUUGGAAAGCAUCUCCUUUUACGACAACAUUUUCCCGGAGGUUCCACAUUCUGCCCUGCGACAUGUCAGAAACCUCAAGUUUUUGGAUUUAAACAAAAACCCAAUUUCCAGGAUACAACGAGGUGACUUUGUGGACAUGCUUCAUCUGAAGGAGCUGGGGAUCAAUAGCAUGCCAGAGCUUGUCUCCAUCGACAGCUUUGCCCUCAAUAACCUGCCGGAGCUAACUAAGAUCGAAGCCACCAACAACCCUAAACUCUCCUACAUCCACCCCAAUGCUUUCUACAAACUCCCUCGUCUGGAAACAUUGAUGCUGAAUGGUAACGCGCUCAGUGCACUGCAUAGGAUUACUGUGGAGUCACUUCCAAACCUCAGGGAGGUCAGCAUGCACAGUAACCCUAUCCGCUGCGACUGUGUCGUCCGCUGGAUGAACAUGAAUAAGACUAACAUCCGCUUCAUGGAGCCCGACUCCCUCUUCUGUGUCGAGCCCCCAGAGUUUGAGGGUCAGCAUGUCCGUCAGGUUCAUUUCAGGGAGAUGAUGGAGAUUUGUCUGCCGCUCAUUUCCCCAGAAAGCAUGCCGGGGCGCAUCAAGGUGCGAAACGGGAGCGCAGUGUCUCUUCACUGUCGGGCUUUUGCUGAACCGGAACCUGAAAUCUACUGGGUCACGCCAACGGGUAUCAAAGUGAUGCCUAACACCGUCUCUGACAAAUUCUACAUGCACCCCGAGGGUACGUUUGAUAUCUAUGACAUCACAGAGAAAGAAGCUGGCCCCUAUACCUGUGUAGCUCACAACCUUGUCGGGGCGGAUCUGAAAACUGUGUCGGUUGAGGUGAACGGUUAUUCCCCUCGACCGGCUAACGGUUCCCUAGACCUUGCCAUUGAAUCAGUGGAGGCAAACUCCAUCGUUGUGUCAUGGAAGGCCAGUCCUGGAACGCUAUCUCCCCACAUAAACUGGUACACCCUUUCGGACACCAACCAUUCCACCACCGCCUUCACCACUAGGGUCCCAUCGGACAUGGAAACCUACAACCUCACCCAUCUCAGCCCUGCCACUUUGUACAAAGUCUGUGUGGACAUCCGCAGUGUACACUACCACCAUCAGACCAAGUGUAUCAACAUCACGACAAAAGGAAUGGAGCGGAAGUUGGAGGACAAGGAGAAAUGGGAUGCCGCUGUGAUCACCAUGUUUGGUGCACUGCUAGCUGUAGUCUUGACGGCCUGCCUCCUUGUAUACGUCACACUGAGAAACCUCCACCUCUACCGGGAUUUAAGGAAAGGCGACUCUAAGGCGCUGCUGACACCAGUGGAAGCCACCGGGAUGCCUUUUUUCACAAAGCUGUGGCUUUCAGGAAGAGGGCUGCCGAGAGGCGUGGAAGUGAAAGCAACAGUCAUAAAUGGCUACGAUAACUCCUUUUAAAGGUGCUUGGUGAACUGAGGGAACAGUUUACGUAACUAUGCCAAGGGCGUAUAGGGUUAUAUUUCAGAAAUAUCCUCACUUCUGCAGCCCAGCUCUUACUAUAACCGGACUGGGGGAGGCGGAACAGUUCUGACCCGAGCUGGAGGCUGUUUGUGACAUAAACCUGGACGAUCAUUCAUCCACAAAUGCAGGAUACAGGAAUUGUGAUGACGCUCUUGUAACUGACUGUUAAAUGUGUUCGGAGUUGUGGAACUGUCCGUGUGGUCCCAAGCAAUACCGUCUGUGCUUUGUCGGGAAAUAAAACAUAGACGAGUUAGCGAUACGACUGCUGUCCAUUACGGCCAAAAGGGAGUUUCAGUAGAGUAGACGAAUAACAGUGACUUUUGGUGUACGAAUUAUACCCGCGACCCUUUUCUAUUUAAACAGAUUUUGUUUUCUUUUUUCAUGCAGAUGUUGUUAUAUAUUCUAUUAAGUUGAUGUUUAAGAUGGAAUAUGAGAGACUUCUUUUUAAGAAAAUACGAGGAUGGUACACAUGCAGUUGUUGCGACAGCAACUACGACAAGAAGCUAGUUUGUCAUUAGGAACUUGAACCUGUUGUGCGACAUUUGUGGGAUUCGCCCAGUCGUUUUUUUUUUGUUUUUUUU